ACACAGCGACCUCUCCAAGGUUUUUUUGUGCGUGUAAGAGGUUAAAGCCGGGGCUCUCCAGCGUCUCCCUGCACUCUCCUCCACCUCACCGCAGACAUGCUCACCUGUCUCCUCUCAUUCCUGUCUCCUUCGCUCUCUCCCUCUGUCCUUAUCACCCUUUUUACUGUCGUAGUGGUCGUCCUGUUCUUGACCACAUGCCGGCUCGUUCCUGUAACCGAACCCUCGGCUCGGGGCUCCAUCCCCUGCCUGCCACGGCUCCCCUUCCUGGGCAGUCUCCCCUGGCUUGGAGGAGGCCUCCCACCUCAUCUCCUCUUCACGCAGAUGUCCCACAGGUAUGGGCCUCUGUUUGGGCUCUACCUCGGUCCUCACUACACUGUGGUCAUAAACAGCCAUCAACAUGCCAGAGAGGUUCUGAUGCAGAAAGGCAAGGACUUUGCUGGACGGCCGAGCAUGGUCACCACCAACCUGCUGACCAGAGGAGGCAAAGACAUCGCAUUUUCAGACUACACCCCUCUCUGGAAGCAUCACCGUCGCCUCGUCCACAACUCCUUCACUCUGUUCGGAGAAGGAACAACUCGAUUGCAAGACAUCGUUCUGUCUGAGGUGGACAGUCUGUGUGUUGAGCUGUUGUCCAGCGAAAAGCAGGGGUUUGAUCCAUCCUCUGCAGUAACCAGAGCCGUCACGAAUAUUAUUUGCACACUAGUGUUCAGUGCCACCUAUCGACACGGCGAUGCUGAGCUGCAGGAGGUGAUUCAAUACAACAAUGGGAUUGUGGAAACAAUUGCCAGGGGAGGACUGGUUGACAUCUACCCCUGGCUGAAGGUAUUCCCCAACAAGUCUCUCAGUAAAUUGAAGAAGUGUAUCACUAUCAGAGACCAACUACUGACCCGCAAACUGCAGGAACACAAGUUAUCAAGAAGUGACGGAGAACCACGUGACCUCCUGGAUGCCUUGUUAAAGGGCCAGACUGGUGGGCAGGGUCAAAAAUCUUCGGAGCCAAAAGACGACGAGUUAACUGACGACCAUGUCCUGAUGACAGCGGCCGAGACUUUUGGAGCUGGAGUGGAGACAACAUCCACCACACUACUGUGGAUUCUGGCCUACCUGUUGCAUCACCCUGAGGUCCAGGAGCGCGUGCAGAAGGAGCUGGAUGAGCAUGUUGGCAGUGAGCGGACUGUGACCAUAUCAGACCGUGGUCAGCUGCCGUACCUGAACAGUGUCAUUAACGAGGGCAUGAGGAUCCGGCCAGUGAGUCCCGUGCUGAUCCCACACACCGCUAUGACCAACAGCAGCAUUGGAGGCCACAUUGUCAGCAAGGGGACACGUGUUUUGGUCAACAUGUGGUCGAUUCACCACGACCCCCAUCACUGGGACAAACCUGAUUUGUUCAAACCAGAACGUUUUCUUGACCACCGUGGUCAGCAGGUCACACCCUCCUCUUUCCUUCCAUUUGGGGCGGGACCUCGAGUCUGCGUUGGCAAAUCACUGGCUAUCCUGGAGCUUUUCCUUUUCUUGUCCUCUCUGCUCCAGCGAAUGAGCUUCAGGGUGCCACAUGGUGCUCCUCUGCCCAACUUGCAGGGACGGUUGGGUGUGGUGUUGCAGCCAUUGCCUUUUAAAGUUGUUGUUAUUCCCAGGGCUGGAUGGGAGGAUGGAGGAAAAUGACAGAGUGGAGGCAGACAGUCAGGCUGGGUGAUGAGAAACAGAAACGUAAAUUGCUCAUUCCAUGUCAUUUCAUCACGUGCCUCCUACUGCCCAAAAUCCAAGCAAAAAAAAAAAAAAAGGAAGAAAACCAAAUUCAGGUGAAAGAUACACCUCUUAAUAGCAACAGAGAGAGGAAUACCAGUUUGUGGUGUCUCUGCUGUCAUUAGUUUUCUCACAAAAAACAAAACAAAACAAAAACAGAGAAAAAAAUGUUUUUAAAUGUUUUUGUUGCAUUGUUUUUUGAGGAUUCAUGUUUGCAAGUCCUUUAUCCAAUAUGAAAUUUUACAUAAAGAUGUGAAUCUUAACCUUGGGAUUUUUUUCAGGCAAAGGGGAGAUUUUAUUAAAGCUUAUGAACUGUGAUGGAGCCAUACCAUAACCAUAAUGCACAUAUAGCUAAGAGAGUAAGCUAAGCACUUCCAUAACCAUUAAACUAACCCAUUAAACCAUUAUUCUAGUCAAAAUAUUCUAUAUUGUUGUUGUUCUUUAGGAAGCUCUUUGUCGUAACAUACUUCCAUCAUAUUUGGAUAAAACAAAAAACACAGUUAUUUUGUUAAAUAAACACUGGGUAGAUCUGACCAAUAAACGUGUUACUAAUUAGUAUAAAAUUAUUAUGAAGUAUACCAUAUAAAGUAUUAGUAUAAAACUAGCAACUAUCACCUGCCACUAUUGCCGUUUUUAGGGGGUUUUCCUACCUGUGCAGUUUGGUCAGUUCAAGUCAAACUCUGGUUGAGAGGUGUCACACUUUGCGCUUGGUAACAGGAAUGUCCUGUGGAUUUUUUCCCACAUUUUGGCUCACAUGAUAACAGUGUUUUAAUGACCCACAGGAAUGCUUCAAAAAAAGUAUGACCAAGAGGGGUUAAAUACUCUGGGCUGUCAGUUAUUUUAGAAGAAUCCUCCUGGAUGCAAGGCAAAACAACUUCACAUAGUCCAGUUGACUUCAUUUUAACCACUCAAGGUGUGUUCAGUUGUGAAUAUGGGUAUCACACUUAGACGUGGGCCAAUAUGAGUGGACAGAGACCCUUUAGUGGUUUUGGUCGGGUUUCAAACAAACUCCAAAGCAGUUUUUUAUAGAACCAUCCGACUCAAGUACUAGGUCUAUGCUGCAGUUUUGAGUUAGACGACCCGUAGCCAGCCAUGGUCUGCAAUCUGGUGUGCAGCAGAGCACUACAGACACAGACUACAGUUCAUCCUGAAAUAUCAUCUAAUAUAAUGAGUUUGUAAACUACAGGUAUGAAAAUGCCCUGAGAAGAUUGACAAGAAAUUGUUUGACUUGGUAGUUUUAUGCUGAAUUCCCUUCCUGACACGACAAGCAAACUUAUGUCCCCGGCUGGAAUCAAAGUUUACCACCACACUAUGAAACCAGGUACUGAUUUCUUCUUUAAAUAACAGACAAAAAAUGUACAAGAACACUGUAAAUCCUUAGAAAUGUUAGUGUAAUGGUGGAACCUUCCCUACAGCUUCAAGCUGCUAAUACCUUCAAAUUUUCACUACUUUUUUUAAACUUUAGUAUUAACGACUAUGUGAUAAUUUUAUUACUUGUUCAAUCAUCAUCUGUAAUUGUUACAAAAUACAGUCUGUCAUUAUUAUUAUUUCAAAUGAAUAAAUGAUGACUAAUCUUCA